CAUUUGCAAACCAGGAGUGGAGAGAUGUAGUGGUAUUAAUUGUUUCUGGCUAUUUUUGUUUGCAGUCCACUAGUUGUAGCCCUGCAUCAAAUAUAAUUAUAAAGGCAUUGCAUACUGAUACACACAUUAUUGUGUGGUGCAUGGAGAAGUUGUAUAGUAAGUUUCAAUGUGUGUUUCCGAAUAGGUCUACAUAUAUAUAUUCACAGCCUUGUCUCCCACACAUGCAGUAGUUCAAUGGUAAUGAAUCUAGUUUUUAUAGCAAACAUGUGAUCCUGUGACUGCAAUUAGGUAGUGCAAAGAUAUUGUAAAGCAGUAUUUGUAUAGCAGGAGUGAAAAGAUGCAGUGCAUUGUUAUAUUACUGGCUAUUUUGCUUGCGAGCAGUGGAGUGGCUGUAGCUGCGAGCAUUGGAGUGGUUGCAGCUGACAGCAGUGGAGUGGUUGCAGCUGACAGCAGUGGAGUGGUUGCAGCUGACAGCAGUGGAGUGGUUGUAGCUGAUAGCUCUGCAGUGUCUAAUUGGUGCAAUAUCAGUGUGCCUUGCUCGAGCAAUAUCAGCGUGCCUUGGAGCAAUAUCAGCAGCAACUGUAUCAAUAGCAGCGACUACCUGAGAAUUGAGAGCUCCCUUCUGAACAGGCCGCAAAACUUGGUGAAUUUGUAUCAAGCUUUCUUUCCCACCAAUAGACAAGCAAGCAUUUCAGUUCAAGUCACCUACCACUUUACUGGCAACCCUGAUGAAACAGUGACCUAUCGAUGGCUUGACUCCUCUGUCUUGAUGCUGAUUCGUAGCGACUUGCUUCAUUAUCUCUCUCUAUUCACGUACGGUGUCAAGAUAAAUCACGCAAAUAUCAUCCUUGACCCAAUUUGUGGGUUUCCAAGUGAUGACAAUGUUACCCCAGAUUCAGAUUCAAGUGACUAUUGCAAUGUGUCUGACAGCACUGGUCAUCAUCUACUCAACAAUCUGACAAUUAAUCUUCUCUCUUAUGCUCUGCAUCGAAAUUCGGUGAUACACAAUGGAAUUGACUCGUCAAUUGAAAGUGGAUACUCUGUGUACGUUUUUAAUACUACCGGAAACCACGGUGACUAUUGUAUCUUUGAUGAAUAUAACAAAUUUUUUGUUUUAAGGACACGGUUGUUUAUUGCCUUUGGACUGUUGGAACUAACAAGUGUGUUUUCCAUUCCUAUGCUAUUGGCUAGUAUUUAUGGCGAGUUUAAAAGGAAAAUGAGUAGUACUGAUAACAAUGGCAACGAAAAUAACCUUAGAUACUUUGUUUGGGCAACUCUUAUAUUGAUUGUACUGAUUAUUCCAUUGCUCUUGUUCUGUAAUAUCUAUGCGAUUUGCAAUGGCUUGAGCUUACCACAAACAAAAUAUACCGACAUUGUUGGAGGCUUUAUAGCAAUGGCUGCUGCUAUGAUUUUUCUCCCUGCGGUAGAUCUACAAGCAGCAAUCUAUGUUGUGAGGUUUUACUUUAUUGUUGAAAAAAAACAACAACCCCAGGAUGAUGAUGAUAGACAUGAGCAUGAGAUAAACUGCUUUGGCUUUCCGGAUAUUGCGAAUACUGAACAUAAAUGCAUAUGUCUAAAUGAUUUCGGUCACAUUGGUGCCAUUUUUGCUGUAACAUGGUUCACUCAACUUGUACUUUUCAAUUCUAUUUAUGUGUUCAUUGGAGCCAUAGCUGCCCCUGUGGAAACUGGCUCACUUCUUCUCUUGUACAUUACAAGCCUCUUUGCACUGAUAUCAUUCGUUGCUAUGAUCCUUAAAGUUUUCCUCAAAAUACUACCGGCAGUAGAUACACAACCGGCAGUAGAUACACAAUCGGCAGCUACACAACUGGAAGUAGAUACACAACCGGCAGUAGAUACACAAUCGGAAACUACACAACUGGUGGAAGUAGAGAUACACCUGGAAGCUACACAACCGGCAGUAGAUACACAACCGGCAGUAGAUACACAACCGGCAGUAGAUACACAACCGGAAGUAGAUAUACAACCGGCACCGGAAGCAGAUACACAACCAGCAGCUACACAACAGGGAGUAGAUACACAACAGGGAGUAGCUACACAACCAAACAAUCCAAGAGGAAUAUUUUGUACUCCUCGUCGAGUCUACUUUGUACCUUUUCUAUUUUUGGUUUUAGUACUGGCCUCUGGUAUCGGUGUUUUUGUUUCAUUCAUGUACAUCUAUAUAACAUUGAACCAGGAGUACCGAAACAACCGUGGUAUACUGACCUUCCUUGGGACUCUCCUCCCCUCUCUCCUUGCGUCAACCUCGGGGUAUUUCUGGACGAGGAUUAUGCCAUGCAUUGGAAAGAGGAACAAAGAACCACUAAGCGAUACAGAAAUAAGGGAAAAAAUGAUAUCAAUGGAGACUUGUCUACAAAAGAUUGCCAAGUCGCUAGAUGAAAUUAAUGCAAAAACUGGUCAAGAUACAAUGUCAGAAAGGGGUGGAGCUAAUGGAAGUGACCCUUAAAUUAUUGUACCCUAUACUAUAUUUUUCACGAGUACGUCUUCUUCCUGGUGUAUAUGAAUUUUGUAGAUUAAAGAAUUUUGUAGAUUAAAGAAUUUUGUAGAUCCAAACUGACUAACACUCUGCAUUGCUAUAAUGGAGAUAUUCUUAUUCACUGCGUACAUGUGUUCUAUUCAUUGUGUUCUUUGGCAACUCGAUUUUGCGACAGCACCUGUUCUAUGUAGCUUGUGACUAGAAUGAAUUUAGUAAAAACAGUCACAUGUUUUAGCCUCAA